AUGUCUGAAAGACUACCGAGUUCGGCACACGAAGAGACAAGAGAAGCAUCCAGGAAGGAUGGCGCCAAAGGCCUCCCAUCGUCCUCUUCUUCCUCCUCCUCUUCCUCCUUCGCCUCGCGCGCCCGUAAGUCGAAAAUCAAAUUCGGCAGCCCAGCACGGGGAGCUGAUGAGCCAGCCAUAUCACCGAGAAUGGACAGCUUUGAGAAUCCCUCCUCGUCUACCACUCAUAGUCCAACUAGCACACCACCCUUAGCAAAUAUGCGACCGAUCAUGUCACCCGUGACACCUCUCAAGUCCUCCGAAGUCUCCUCUGGGCGACAGCAGCGGGCAGAUAGUUUUCAAGACAACUGUAUGGCUGACAGGAAGGUGAAUGGACGCAUUGAGCCUCUACUCUCAAAACCCUACUUGACAGACGGCAUAGUACCAAACAGUCUGGGUCGUUCCGAGGGCGCAACAAAGUCCGCUGUGUCGUUUCCCUCCUCACCCCUAACGUUUGUCGAUUCUUGUGGAGGUGCAAGCAAGACAGGAAGACCACAACGGCCGGAGAUACAGACUACUCAAGUGACGGUCCAGGAAUGUGACGACCCAGUCUCUCGAAUGAGUGGCCACUCGAAACUCCAGAACCCCGAGCCUCAUGGCAGAUCCCAUCGCCUGGUGAAGGGUGUGAGCGGCAGUUUCCCACACCGUAGAAGUAUGCGCACCCAGAGGACCUACACCUCCCUCUCAGAUGUAGUGGAGGAUUCAGACGAGGGUCCGGUCGCGUCUGUCGGCAUGCCAGCUAUUAAAGAAGCAAAUACCGUUAAGACUGUUGGCUUUCAGUUUCCCCUGAAGUCGGAUAAAACGCCCUCGCUGGACACACUGGAUGUCAGCAACAGAUCCUCCAUCUAUGAUAAUUUACCCCAGUCGGUAGAUUGUACACCCUCCCUUCCAGAUCCACAGAGUGUGGCAAGUGAUCUUGCUGCGCCAAAUGUGGAGCAGGUGCUUAAGUCUGCCGCAGCUGCGCUCCUUAAACAUUCGGAUGAACAGAGGACACACCCUCAGAUGUCUGACGGACGGGAUAAACCCGUGCAGGAGGAGGAUGGUCAGCAUUCCUCGCUGGAAAUCCGGUUACCGCGGAGUCACUAUGACAAAUGCUCGUUGAGCAUAACUCCAGGCAAGAGUCCCACCGGAGAGGACGUGGACCUUAGUCGCAGCACUAUUCAAAACUCCUGCCAGGACGUAAAAUCGUGGUGGAUGAAACAGCUAACUCCUCAGUCACCGAAUGAAUCGGGUCAGGAAUCGGGUCAGCUAACCGUCCCGUCCGGUAUCCGCUUUCAGCAGGCUGAGGGCAGGGCGAGCGGGCACACGAAAAAGAAUGCCUUUCUACCCUCAGCGUUUGCCAGCACUAGUCAUCUGGGUGUUGCGGGUCGAAUUCGUCGGCGUGUGCAGAGUAUUGCGGCUGGACAGCCAAGCAAUGAUUCGCCUACCGGAAACAAGUCUCAGCCAAGAAAUGAAUACUGA